AUGGCUAUGACUCUGGGAAAGGAUACCAUGGGAGAGCAGCCAAUAUUUACAUGCAAGGCCCAUGUGUUCCACAUAGAUCCUAAGACAAAAAAAUCAUGGAUAUCGGCAUCUACAGUGGCUGUCAAUGUUUCGUUCUUUUUCGACUCCCACCGGGCAUUGUAUCGUAUCAUUAGUGUAGAAGGAAGCAAAGCCGUCAUUAACAGUACUAUAACUCCAAAUAUGUCAUUUACAAAAACAUCACAAAAAUUCGGUCAGUGGACUGACAAUAGGGCUAAUACUGUUUAUGGUCUUGGGUUUUCUUCUGAACAAGAACUGAAUAAAUUUAUACACAAGUUUGAAGAAGUAAAAGAAAAAACAAGACAAUCGGCAGUAAGUGGACCACAGCAGAUUCAACAAUCGUUUAUGAGUUCAACAACACCAAUUACAAGUGCUAAUGCUAGUCCUGUAACUACACGUAUUAGUCAGUCAUCUGACGGUCAAAGUAUUAUUGAACCUCCCAACAUGACACCCACAGAUCCAAAUACUACUCCUGAAGAUACUAAUUCAACUGAACAAAUGAUUAACCAGAUGUCUAAAACUAUGAUUUCCAAUGCUAAUCAUGCCGCAGAGAGUCCAAAACAUCAAGGAAGCAAUGAUGGACGCAUGAGUGGUGGAAAUUCUAUGUUACCUGAAUCUCAAUUAAAAUAUGAAAAUGAAAGAUUAAAAUUAGCUUUAACUCAUAGUUCAGCAAAUGCAAAAAAAUGGGAGAUUGAACUUCAGACACUAAAGAACAAUAACUUAAGAUUAACCAAUGCAUUGCAAGAAAGCACAGCUAAUGUAGAUGAAUGGAAACGCCAGCUGCAAUCUUAUAAAGAGGAAAAUCAGCGGUUGAAAACAAGAUACCUUGACGCUGAAGUAGCCAAAGGAGGAUCAGAAGUUGCUUCAGAAUUAAGAAAUGAGUUAACUAGUCUACGCUUGAAGGUUGAAAACCUUGAUGGUGAAUUGAAAAGUAAAAAUGAAGAAAUCCAAAAGAUGAAUAUGAAUAGAAUGCCACUUGAAGAAAAAUGCAAGGUUCUUAGUCAAGAGAAUGCAGAACUUCAAGCUGCAGUUAGUCUAGCACAAGCACAAUUGGAAACAGCUUUGGCAGCACAAGAAUCACAACGACGCGUUAUAGAUACACUCAACAAUAGCCUAUUUGUGCGUAUACAAGAAUUGGCUGCAAUACACAGAGAAAUGACAACUGCUAUUCAAACCUAA